AUGGAGAAACAGAGGGCAGAGAAGUUGAAAAAGAUGGAGAAACAGAGGAUGGAGGAGGAGAGGGACAGGGAAAAGGAGAGAAUGAAGGUGUUGGAGAUGCAGCAAAAGGCACGAGAGAAAGAAGAGAAGAGGAGGAAAGAGGAACAGAAAAGGAGAUUGAAGAUACAACAGGAACAAGAGAAGGAGGAACAGAAAAGGCAGACAAGGAUACGGGACGAGGAUAAGAAGAGAGCAGAGUUUCAAAGAAUAAAAGAUCACGAGGCCAGGUUCAAGAUGGAGAUGGAGAAACUGUAUGAGAGAGAAGAGAGGAAUGCACAGAUUGAAAGAGAAAAGAGGCGUGCGCUGUGUCAGAAAAAAGGACAGACACAGAGAGCAAAACAGGUGGUGGCAUACGAGGUCACAGCGUCUACAUCUGACGCCUCUGUGCGGAGGGAAGAGAGGGAGCAGCGUCCAGAGACCGCUCACGCACAGUCUGCAAAGAGGAGAACAAGGAAGAAGCAGAAGAAAGCGGCGGACGAGGCAUCGACAACUUUUCAGUAGAUGACAAAAGAAAGGGAGCAGACAAAAGAAGAAAUGUACAAGUCAAUGCUCCUAGGUAUGUUGAUAGAUGUAAAUAAACAAGAGUUUUUUUUAAGAGAA